UUCGACCAAUUCAACAUGACAGGUCUUGCUUUGCUGUAUCAUAAUUCUACAUUUGCCCCGGGUUUCAGCAACAAUGAGCGUCAAGCAGCCGCACAGGCUUUACUCAGGCAUGAUGCUCAUAUCGACAGCUCCCAUUAUCAGACUAGGACAGUGGGGGGCCUUCACCCAUCAUACAUCAGCUUCAAUUGGUCAAGCAAUUUGAACGAGGCAAAAGAGUGGUCCCUUACACCUAAUGAGCUACUCGAUGCAGCCACCCAGGAUGUAUUUGAUGCACUCACCACGCAAGACCGUCUGGAUGGUGGUAUAUCCCUUCUUAUUCGAUGUGCUGGCAGCAAAUUUCCACUGAAUCUCUCCCCCGAACAAAUUCCUAUUGAUGUCUAUAUCACACCACACAAGUUGCAGGAA